AGGUGCCUCCAUCCGAAUUUGUACCAUGGAUCAAAACCUUAGAUCAAGACGAAGUAUUCACUCAUUAAAACUGGUUGAUGAAGAUGGAACUCAGCUGGCCAAAAGAUGUACAGCAAGUGGAAGAUCUAAAAAACCAACUCAAGAAAAAAUUGAAGCUGAAACCAACUGUGAAGUGGACAAUAAUCUGUAUCCAAACUUAAAUGGAGUUGAAGAUGUGAUCUGUAAGGAAGAUACAACAGUAACAAAUGAAAAACAGCAAGUUCUAAAAGAUACAAGCACAGGCUCGUGUUCAUUAUCAAAAGAAUUUAUAUUGUUUCUGGUGCUGUGUAUCAUAAUAAUAAUAUUUGGAGUUUAUUUUAACAAGUUUAAAACCUCUGAAAAAUCUUUUGAAGUGAAGAUGUAUAAUCAAACUCAGGCUGAAAUCAACUUGGACAAUGCGCUUUACAGUCUAGAAGACAACAUUUAUAAACGGCAAGAAGAAAAGACUUGGAUUACCUUUGCUGGUGGAAUUAAAUCAGUGACUUCAGAAACCCCUAAUAAGCCGUCAGUAUUUUUAUUAUUGUAUGAUGAUGAUCUGGCAGAAAAAACAGCUAAAUGCAUUGCUUGGGACGUUGCAAAAGCAGCAUCAAAAUAUCUUAUGAAUAAAGAGAUCCCACCUGUUACAGUUCCAGGAGCAGAACUUAAUGAUCCAAAAUUAAUAAAUGAUCCUGGGAAGCUCUUAGAAAUGAUGGAAAACCGUAUUAAAAAAGCAGGUUCAAUGAUCAUCACACACAUCGAGGAUAUCGAUCCAACAGUAGCAACAAGUUUGCAUUACCUUUGCGAUAGAUUCUCACCACUUGUUAAUAAGGCUAUAUAUCUGUUUACACUAAAAUAUGAGAGUGAUUCAAAGUCCCCAGUGAAGAAAGUUGCUGAAGACACAUUGUUCCGCCUUUGGGCCGACGAUCUCCCUGACAGUAAACUGCAUGCGCUCAUCACCAGGAUGACAGGAAAUGUUUUGAAAAUAUUGAGUGAAAAGAGUGACUGUGAUUUUAGUUUUAGUUAAUAUUAUAAUCUGAGUAAUGUGAUGUCUGGUAGUUUGAAGACAAAUUAAACUUUAUUUUUGACAUAAUACCUCACAUA